AAGAGAAGAAACAAGUGCCAAAAAUUUUUCAAUUGAUAAGAGCAGCAGUAUUUCAAUUAUUGCAUUUUUUGCAUUUUAAUUUGUGUUAAAGAAUGCUGGCGGACGUGGAUGUAUUCAUAUCCAACUAUACAUUAGUGGACCCAGAAAUAUACCAAUUAUGGAUAGAGGGCUUUUCAUCGAGCGAGGCCGUCUGCUACUUGAAACAGAAAGGAUUCGGCAGCAGUUUUGGCGCACCAAUUGAUCUUAUCGCCUCCGAAGUGCUCGACCAUUAUCGCACCUACUCCCUGAUAGAGCGUCUGCUGCAUGCACCAACUAAAUUGCUGGAACAAUCGUGUUUUCAGUUGGAGCCACAAACGCGUGAUUUUAUCAUUGAAAAGUAUUACUCCAUCGAUGACUUAGUGGCACGUGAAAUUCUAGGCAAAAAAUUGUCAAGUCGUUAUAGGAAAGAUCUGGAUGAAGUGUCGGAAAAGACAUGCGUCAAAUUGAAGUCAUGCAGACGACAAUUUGACAAUGUAAAACGUAUUUUUAAAGCUGUGGAGGAAUUACCAGGCAAUAUCACAAACAAUAUUAAACAACUUUUUUCCGUGUCCGAUGAGUUGGCAAAAAAAUAUGCCUCAAUUGUUUUUCUUGCCUGCCUCCGUUUUGAAACUUCCAAAAAGAAGCUACAAUUCCUGGCCUUCUCCGACUUGUUUGCUUGCUCACAAGCUAUUAUGAUCUACUGGACCUAUACCUAUCAACAUUCAGGUCCCGAAUAUUACGAUACCGAAAUGGACAAAGAAUUUCUAUUGGAUUUGCGUGAGCUGCGUUGCUUGCUUGACAAGGAGAAGGAAAUUAAACAUCUUGUUUGCCUGCGAUUGAAGCCAGUGCUGUUGGAGCGUGCUUACUUCGAGCUGGAUACGAAUUUCCGCUCCUAUUGGCGUGCAUUUAUAACCAUAGCUUGUAAUUUACAUCGAAAUCGUGAGUUGCGUGACUUGUUUUUGGAUUUGUGUGAAAAAUUGAUAGAACCAUGGCGUCAAAAUGGUUGGAGUAAAGAGCAAGUAAAUAAAUUUGUGUCAGCCAUAACACAAAGCGUGUUGGAUUUAGAAAUUUCGCGAGAUCAAGAGACGCGUUGUCUGUGGGAUCGUUACAUGCAGGUCAUUAGUAUUUGUUUGGAUCACAUGUUUCAUAUUUAGUGAAAAUAUCACGCAGCGUUUGUAUGUUACUUAAAAUAUGUUGUCCUUCUAGUGUUUAGGAAAACAAAAAGUUCGUUUGCCAUUGCUUGCUCAAAUUGUAUGUAUUGAGCUGAAAAGUGCAAUUUACCCGUUUUAUUAAAAUUAAGCGCAGCAUCAUGACAUUUAUAAAAUUGUAUUUUAAUUUAUUAAAAACAGUUAAUAUUGAAAAUAAAAUCAAACAUAAUGUACAUGUGAAUGUAUUAAUGAA